GACAAAAGAGCUGUGGGAACUUGCGUUUGCAGAGUCGCGCCAAUGGAGCAACGACUUCUGGAAAUCCUUCGAUCCCUUAAAUUCCGCCACCACCUGUGGCAAACCCACGCCCAGAUCCUCGUCCGCGGCCUAGCUGCGAACCCCCGCCUACUCCCGGCGCUCGUCUCCGCCGCAUUCUCUGUGUCCUCUCCGAGCCAAGCCGCCGCGGUGCUCCGCGCCGCCUCUGCUGCCGCCACCACCGUCGCGCACAACACCCUCAUCGAGCGCCUCACCAAACUCCGAGGCCGUGGCCCAGAGGACGCUCUCACCGCCUACACUGCAAUGCGCGCGGUGGAAGUGCCGCCCAACGGGUUCACUUUCACCUUCCUGCUCCGGGCUUGCGAGUUCUCAAGGAUCCUGCCGCUGUGCAGGCGCAUCCACGGCCAGAUCCUGAAGUGCGGAUUUGGGCGUGACGUAGUCGUGCAGAAUGCGCUUCUGGAUGUGUACCACAAAUGUAGCAAUCCUGGGUAUGUUGGGGACGCCCGGCAGGUGUUCGAUGAAAUGAUCGAGAAGGAUGUGAUUUCUUGGAACUCUAUUGUAGGGGUUUACAUGUCAAGUGGAGAUGUCAAGGGGGCGAUGGAGUUGUUUGAGGUCAUGCCAGAGAGGAAUGUCGUUUCCUGGAACACGGUCGUCGCCUCUUUCGCAAGGGUGGGGGACAUGGCAUCAGCACAGGCUGUGUUUGACAGGAUGCCUACAAGGAAUGCCAUUUCUUGGAAUCUUAUGAUUUCUGGUUAUGCCGCAGGUGGUGAUGUGGAGGCUGCAAGAUCGAUUUUUUAUCAGACGGACCAGAAGGAUGUUGUUUCAUGGACAGCAAUGAUCUCUGCUUAUGCAAAGAUUGGGAAUCUAGACUUGGCCAAAGAGCUGUUUGAUCAAAUGCCUGUCAAGAACUUGGUUUCAUGGAAUGCGAUGAUAACAGGAUAUAACCACAACUCGAGGUAUGAUGAAGCGCUGCGCACAUUUCAGCUGAUGAUGCUUGAGGGAAGGUUCAGACCUGAUGAGGCUACAUUAGUAAGUGUCGUGUCUGCAUGUGCUCAGUUGGGUAGUGCUGAAUACUGCAGCUGGGUCAGUUCUUUCAUCCGUAAAAACAACAAUGAUUUAACUGUUGCAUUAGGGAAUGCUCUCAUAGACAUGUUUGCAAAGUGCGGGGAUGUAGGGAGGGCACAAUUAAUUUUCAGUGGGAUGAAAUCAAGAUGUGUCAUUACAUGGACAACGAUGAUUUCCGGUUUAGGAUUUAAUGGUCAGUGUAGAGAAGCUCUUUUGGUCUACAACGAUAUGUGCAGAGAAGGAGUUGGACUUGAUGACACAGUCUUCAUCGCUGUUCUUGCUGCUUGUUCUCAUGGAGGUUUCCUGCAUGAAGGUUGGAGCAUCUUUAGACAAAUGGUAGAGCUACAUGGCAUUAAGCCAAGAAUGGAGCACUAUGGUUGCAUAGUGGAUCUACUUGGUCGAGCAGGUAAGUUACAGGAGGCAAUUCAGUUUAUUGAGUGUAUGCCUGUUAAUCCUAGUGUUGUUGUAUGGGUCACUUUGCUUAGUUCUUGUAUUGCACAUGGUGAUGCAGAGCUGAUAGAGUAUGUCAGUAAGAAAAUAGUUGAAAUAGAACCAUUUAGCUCUAGUUAUCAAGUGCUGGUUUCAAAUUGUGGCGCCCUGAAGGAAAGAUGGGACUGUGUGACCGAUGCACGCACAAUCAUGCGUGAUUUUGGAAUGGAGAAAGUGCCUGGAAGUAGCUCGAUACAGGUAGAUAGAGAGGUUCAUGAGUUUUUGGCUAAAGACACGAGACAUCAUCUGAGGAAAGAGAUAUAUGAAACUAUUGAUGGUUUAACGGCCCUUAUCCGACAUACAGACAUGCCACCUUGGACAAAUUAUUUCAACGCACUGUAGUUACAUAAGAGUUCCAUUGAGGUGUUGAGUGCCCACCUUAUAUGUAAAAACGGAUCUUCAGAUUUCCAGUUAGGCAGGAUGGAUUCUGAGGGAGGCCUUGUUUUUAAUAGGGUGAUUGUUGCAGUUGCUGGUGAGCUGUCAGCAAACAUAGUUCAUGAACAUUACUGAUCUAACUACAGAAGGCUACGUUCUUUCAACAUUGGGCAGGGUGUCCAACCAAAUUUUGAAACAUCAACAUGAAGACUAACGUUACAGAAUCUAGAAGCGUUGAGUGCUUUGUCAUUGCAGCCUUUGGUAUUUCAUCUUUUGAGGAAACCAUCCAUGUUUGAUCAUUCUGUCCAUCUGACUCCCCAGCCUUCCUUCAAGGGGCUUACAACUGUGGUCUGUGGAUCAUCAAUAAUCAAUUAAUCAUGCAUUGGAUCCCCCUUUAACUAGGCCUGCGGAUUUUCAUCGCAUCUCGAUUCAUGCACGCUGUUUGAUGUUGUUCACUCUAUAUUCUCCCUGCAAAGUAAUGGCUACUUUAACAAAUUGACAACUGAU